GGGAGGGGCCGCUGGAGCGGGCUGCAGCUGGCCCAGUGACCUGGCGUCCGUCGAGCGGGUCAGGCGAGCGGGACAGACCGGCCACGGGUCACCGCCCUGCGCCCUCGGCCGGUUCCGGAGGAAACGACAGAAUGCAGCAGGCGGGCGCGCUGCUCCGGGCCGGGGUCAGUCUGGCUUUGGCGGUGCAUCUCGGAGCUUCCGACCUUGCGCUGGCUGGAGAUUCUUGAAGAGGACCAGGACCAGGAUAGCCCGCCGCUGGCACCGCUCGUGACGGUCCAGGCUUGCGACCAGCACCAAGUGGAGCGGCCGGAGAGUCCGGAGUCGAGCCCGCCGCCCGGGGAGCGUGACCCGGUCGGGUCAGGGGCGCCACCAUGCUCUGGUGGGCAGUGUUGGCGGCUCUGCUGCCUGCUGCAGCGCACGGCCAGAGCAGUCCGUUUGAACUGACCAUCGUCCAGUACCAGCACCCAGUCAAGAAGGCCCAGGAGCAGUACAUGAAUCGAGUAGCGGAUGCGAUACAGGUGGCAAAGGAACAUGGCAACGGCAAUGUAUUGGUGCUCAACACUGGAGGAACUUACCGACCGAUACGCAAGCAGGCGGAUGUCCCUGGCGUCACGCCAGCUGCCACGGCGUUCUCCACGAGGGACUUUGACGGCGGCAUCGGCUCCCUGAUGUCCAGGAUCGUCGGAUCGUCAGACACAUUUGUCGUCUCAAAUCUGAAGUCGUCACUGAUUCGACGUUUUGCUCCGAAGUCUGUUGUCGUGAGCGUCGGAGGCAAAAAAAUCGGAAUCGUCGGAUACGUCUCCCGGUAUAUGAAUAUCCUGCUGGCGGGCGGUGGCAGCAUGCCGAUCAUCUCCGAGGUGCCGGCGGUGCGCCAGGAGGUGCGCCGACUCAAGGACAGCGGCGUCCACAUCGUCAUCGCCCUGGGCAACGCGGGUCACGACCGGAACGAGGAGAUCGCGCGCAGCGUGCCGGACCUGGACGCCGUUGUGUCGGGACCGAUAGAGACACGCACCGUCAUCACGGACGCCUUCCCUCAGGCGAUCCGACAGCCGUGGAACAGGGUCGUGCCGCUGCUGGAGAUCCCCAUGGCGGACGAGCAUCUGAUCGGGGUCACUCGGCUGCUGUUCAACGAAAAUAACCAACUCACAAAGGGAGACGGCAUGUUCAUUGUUGCGGACGGCAGUGAGAAAGGCGAUAUGGAACGCGAGGAGAUCCAGCUCCUGGAGCUGGAUGUGGUCGAGGGCUCGGGAGGAGGCACGCCCACCGAAGUGCUCCAGGAGUUCAGCUUGGCCGCCAUUCAGCAGGUGGUGCAGGAGGCGGCAGCCAAUGCCAUUCGCCCCCCGCCACCCGCGCAGGCCUCCGACAUCCAGUUUGCCCCCGAGCUCAGUGACGGGGUGCUCCUGGCAGCAACGUCCGCUGGCGGCACGACAGCCACCACCGGAACGGCGUCGCCUACCACUGUCACGAACACAAGUGACGAGGCUCCGAUUGUGUUCGGCGCGCCCGUCAAGAACGUCAACGCCAAUCGGCCAAUCACGGUGGAGGAGAUUCUGGCUCUCAAGGGCGAGCGUCGCCCAAUCACGUCCGCCGAGAUCGAGGUGCUGAAGAGUACCCACCGGCCGCUCACCGCCGCACAGGUGCAGGCGCUCAAGGAGAGGUUCACUGCGAGGCCAGCGACCGGAGCAGGUGAGGGAGAUGCCGGCCAAACGGCGACGAGCGAGCCGGCGGAUAAGGGCGGGGUCGUCGCAGGUGGAGUGGGUGAUGGUGGCGGCGACGAGGUGACUACGUCGGCGACGGUCGAGUCGGCGGAUGAUGGCGGCGUCACUGCAGAUGGAGUGGGUGAUGGUGGCGGCGACGAGGUGACUACGUCGGCGACGGUCGAGUCGGCGGAUGAUGGCGGCGUUACUGCAGAUGGAGUGAAUGAUGGUGGCGACGACGAGGGGACAACGUCAGCUGCAGAGGGAGAAGGCAGCACUGGCAGUGACAUCGCAGCCCCUGCAUCACCAUAUGUCGAAGCGGAGACCGCAGUCACGAGUGACGUGAGCAGUAAUGAGGACAGCGACGCAGCCACAGCUCAACAGGCUGGUGGGGUGGUCAGCGCAGACGAAACACAGCCCAAAAAAGGAGGCGUUGUAAACAUCGACGUGGACAAACACACCGGCGACAUCGCUGGAGGGAGUCCGGGACAUCAGGCACAGAUCGAAGAAAGUCCGGUGAUAAAAGAUGGUGAUGAAACCAACCCAAGCGCAGAGACCAAAAAUGAACUGAAACCGGAUACUGAUGGUGAAUACGGACCGAGUCAUGGCACUGAGGGUGAAAAUGAAAAGACGUCAGGAGCUAUGGGUGAGAGUGAAGUUAGACCUACCACUGAGGUCGGAGAUGCAGCGAGGCCUGCUACCGAAAAUGCGUUUGAGGCGAUUCCUAAUGCUGAUGGUCACGCCGAAACGAGUCCCAAUACUGUGGAUGAAGAUGAAGUGGAGCCUGAUACAGAAGGUCAGGAGGGAGUGGAGGCUGGUAUCGAAGGUGAGGAUGUGGUGAAUCCUGGAGCUGAUGGUGAAGUUAAAGUGAAACCAGGCGCUGUGGGCGGGGAUGAAGGGACACCUGCCGCUGAGGGCAAGCCUAUUGCUGAGGGUCCUGGUGCAGUGAAGCCUGAUACUAAUGGUGAUGAUGAAGUGAAAUCUGAUAUUGAGGAUGAAGAGGGGAUCAAUCCUGGCAGCGGGGCUGAAGAUCCUGUGAAUACCAGUACAGUGAAUAAAGAGAAAGUAAGUCUUACCUCUGAGAGUGAAGAUGAAGAACAGCCCAUCACUGAAGGCGAAGAAGAAGUGCCCGGUAAAGAUGGCAAUGCCGAAGUCAACUCCUUGUCUAAGGGUGAAGACGGUGCGAAAUCUGAUAGUGGUGAUGAUGACGAAAUAAACUCUGAUGUCGAGGAGGAAGAUGACCUGACACUUGAUACCGAUAGUGAGCAUGCAGUAACGCCUGGCAUUGAGAGUGAUGAUGAAAUGAAUGUUGCGACUGGAAGUGAAGAGAAAGUGCAGGAAGGCACAGAGGGUGAGGAUGAAAUAAGGCCGGCUGCCGGAGGUGAAGAAAAACUGCGAUCUGCUACUGAGGCUGACGUUGGAGUGAAGCCGGGCACAGGAGUUGAGGGCGAAAUUAAACCUAUUGCUGAGUCUGGAGACGGCGUGCAACCUAGUGAUGACAAAGAGGACGAAAUGGAGUUUGUAACAGAGGUUGUUCAUGGUGUGAACCCUGGUAUUGAUGGUGAGUACGAAGCAGUGUCCAGUAUUGAUGAUGAGGAUGGAGUGAAACCUAUUGAGGGUGAGAAUGUGAAGGCUGGCACUGUGGGUGAACACGGAACGAAGCCCAGUGCCAGCAGUGACAGCGACGUGAAGCCUGUUCCUGGGGCUAAAGAUGAAGUCGGACCUGAUGUUGAGGUUGGUGAUAAUUUUAUAGCCGAUAUUGAUGUAGGGGCUCAAGUAGUCCCCAACACUGACGUUGAUGCUGAAGAAACUCCUGGCAUUGAGAGUUCUGGUCAGGCGAUUUCCGAUGUUACGGCCGAUGAUGAGGGAAAUCCUGUGCAUGUGUCCAGUUUUGAUAGCGAGGAUGGAGUGGAGCCUACUGAGGGUGAGAGUGUGAAGGCUGGCACUGUGGGUGAACACGGAGCGAAGCCUAGUGCCAACAGUUACAACGACGUCAGGCCUGUUCCUGGUGCUGAGGAUGAAGUUGGACCUGAUGUUGAGGUUGGCGAACAUUUUAUAACCGGUGUUGAUGUAGGGGCUGAAGCAGUUCCUAACACUGACCUUGAUGCUGAAGAAAUACCCGACAUUGAAAGUUCUGGUCAGGCGAUUCCAGAUGUUACAGUCGAUGAUGAGGGAAACCCUGUGCAUGGAAUUGAUGGUGAAUCAAUCCCCGAAAUUGAGGUCGGUACUGAAGCUAGCCCUGACGCUGUGAAUAAUGUGAAACAAGAGCCUGUAGCUGAGGUUGAGAUGGGCAGUGGCAUCCAAUCUGAUGCUGAGGAAAGCAGCGAGGAGAAGGUAGACCUUACUGACAGUGUAUUCGGGUCCGGUGCUGCCGAAUUUUUAGAUGAAGAAAGGCCUAGUACCGAGGCUGAAGUUGAGCUUGGAUCUGGUGAUGGCAUUAAUGAUGAAGGUACUCCCCAGAUACAGGUUGACGGUGCUGAUAGCUUGGAUGUCAAAACUGAAGAUGAACUAAUAACUGUUGCUCAGUUUGAGGGCGGAGUGAGCUCUGGUGCUGAAACUACUGCCGAUGAAUUAAGACCAGGUGAUGAUCUUGAGGAUGAUUACAAACCCAUAUCUGAGGUUCCGGGAGAUAUCGGAACUGCUGCUGUAGGUGAUGGUGAAACGAUACCUGAGACUGGGAUUGAAGGUGGCUCCCAUGCCGAGAUUGAAGCUGACAGGAAGCCUGAUGUCGUCGCGGACGGCGACUUGAAACCUGAUACCACAGCUGACGAUAAUGCGACGUUGCAUUCCGAAAAUGGUGACAAAAAGAGACCUCUUAUUGAGCUCAUCGGCAGUGUACGUCCUGGCGAACCCACCGGGCCCCAGGUGACGCCCGAUUUACAGCUUGGGUCUGCGGUGGCUGGAGAUGAAGAAGGCUCCAUAACUGAUGUCAAGGUUGAUGAGGUUACUGUUUCUGUGGUUGAUAGCGGUUUGCAUCCUGACAGUGGAAACGAUGGUGUAUUUGCUACUCUUGCUGAAGCUGAGGUUAGCGUGAAAGGUACACCCAAUACUGGAGCUAACGCUGAAGUUGAACCCAGCACAGAGGCAGGGAUUCAGGAACUGUCAGACAACGUGAAUCUUACUACGACCGUGUCCGAGGAAACUAUCGACCAAGGCGAGAACCACGGCGGCGAAGACACGGACGAGAGUGAAGUUUUAAAUCUUACCCAGGUGGCUGUGGAGCUAGGGGACGAAAGCCAUGCCACGGAAGCAGAAAGUGUGGCUGAGCUCAUAGGGAGCACCGUGAUCUCGACUGAGCCUGAGGGAACUCCCGAUACCCAGGUCGAACUUGAACACAAUUCAGGAACUUCAAAUGUACCUAAUGGCAAUACUGAAGCUCCUGCUGAUCCCGAAUAUAAUCCUUACACCUCCGUGGAUCUCAAUGGUAAUUCGACUGAGCCCGACGACAAUUCUGGUGCCACGGUUGAAACUGAAGACAGUGCAGAUAUCACUGUAGGAAACAAAAUAAUUAUCACCGAGGCUCCUGAGUCUGCAAACGCUUCCAAAGUUCCUCUCGAGCCCGCAGUUAACUCUGAGACACCAGGUGAGUCAGGGGACAAACUCGAGACUACGCUCGUGUCUGAGGACAAUACUGAGACACUCGCUGAAGACAAGGACAAUCCCGAUGUUCUGGUUCAUCCUGACGAUAAGCCCGAAGCUCCAACUGAGCCUGAAGACAACGCUGAGGCCAUGCUCCAAUCAGAAGACAACACUGAGGCCAUGCUCCAAUCAGAAGACAACGCUGAGGCCAUGCUCCAACCAGAAGACAGCACUGAGGCCAUGCUCCAAUCGGAAGACAGCUUUCCUGAGCAUGAGAGCGAGGUGAAUCCCCCAAACAGUUCCGAGACUCCAGUUGACCCUAGCGAGAACCUCGCGACCGACGUCAGUCAUACAAAGCUGUCUGUUGGCAUGACAACUGCGAGGCCAGAUACGCAUAUUGGUGGUCUGUUUUGGUACCCAAGCUCCGGCGUACCGCUCUCCUCUUACAUGCCCCUGCCUGUCAUGUCCCAGUUGGGAGUGCGACCCGAAGUCAACCAGCUGCAGCCCGAAGAGGAACCCGGGGUGAGUCAGGCACAACCUGCAGCGGGACCUGGAGUGGACCAACGGCAGCCUGAAGUGGGUACCGUUGUGGACGAGCCGCUGCUUGACGUAGGACCUGGAGCGGUCCAGUCACAGCUUGAAGUUCGUCCCGGCGUGGACAAUCUGCCGUCUGAAGGAAGUCUUGAAGUGAGCCAGCCGCAGCCUGAAGUGGAUGGUGGGGUGAUCCAGCAGCAGUCCGAAGCCGAUCCCGGAGCACACCAACCUCAGUCUGAAGGAAGUCUGAAGGAAGUGGACGAGUUGCAGUCCGAAGAUGGCUCCGAAGUGGACCAGCCACAACCUGAAGUGGAUCUAGGAGUGGAUGAGGUAACGCCUGAAAAGGGUUCCGUAGUGGGCCAUCCACAACCUGCAAUGGAAUCCGGAAAUAUCGGGCCACAGCCUGAAGUGCGUCCGGAAGUAGACGAGGCGCAGCCUGAAGAGGGUUCCGAAGUGGACAAGCCACAGCCUGAAAUGAAACCCGGAAUUACCAAUCUACAAUCUGAAGCGUAUCUCGAAGCUGGCGAGAUGCCGCCUGAAGAGGGUUCCGAAGUAGGCCAGCCACAAUCUGAAAUGGAAUCCGGAGUGAGCGAGCCUCAGUCUGAAACGGAUCUCAGAGUGGGCGAAGAGCAGCCUGAUCAGAGUCCCGGGGUGAGCCAGCCACAACCUGAAGUGGGUACCGAAGUACACCAGUCACAACCUGAAGUGGGUACCGAAGUACACCAGUCGCAGCCUGAAGUGGGCACCGAAGUACACCAGUCACAACCUGAAGUGGGUACCGAAGUACACCAGUCACAACCUGAAGUGGGUACCGAAGUACACCAGUCACAACCUGAAGUGGGUACCGAAGUACACCAGUCACAACCUGAAGUGGGUACCGAAGUACACCAGUCACAACCUGAAGUGGGCACCGAAGUACACCAGCUGCGGCCUGAAGUUCCAUCCGAAGUGAGCCAGCCACAACCUGAGGUGGGUACCGAAGUACACCAGUCACAACCUGAAGUGGGUACCGAAGUACACCAGUCACAACCUGAAGUGGGCACCGAAGUACACCAGUCACAACCUGAAGUGGGUACCGAAGUACACCAGCUGCAGCCUGAAGUUCCAUCCGAAGUGAGCCAGCCACAACCUGAAGUGGGUACCGAAGUACACCAGUCGCAACCUGAAGUGGGCACAGAAGUACACCAGCUGCAGCCUGAAGUGGGUACCGAAGUACACCAGUCACAACCUGAAGUGGGUACCGAAGUACACCAGUCACAACCUGAAGUGGGCACCGAAGUACACCAGCUGCAGCCUGAAGUUCCAUCCGAAGUGAACCAGUCACAACCUGAGGUGGAUACCGAAGUACACCAGUCGCGGCCUGAAGUGGGUACUGAAGUACACCAGCUGCAGCCUGAAGUUCCAUCCGAAGUACACCAGUCGCAGCCUGAAGUGGGUACCGAAGUACAUCAGUCGCAGCCUGAAGUUCCAUCCGAAGUGAGCCAGCCACAACCUGAAGUGGGUACCGAAGUACAUCAGCCGCAGCCUGAAGUUCCAUCCGAAUUGAGCCAGCCACAACCUGAAGUGGGUACCGAAGCACAUCAGCUGCAGCCUGAAGUUCCAUCCGAAGUGAGCCAGUCACAACCUGCAGUGGGUACCGAACUACAACAGCUGCAGCCUGAAGUUCCAUCUGAAGUGAGCAAGUCACAGCCUGAAGUGGAUACCGAAGUGCACCAGCCACCACCUGAAGUGGGUACCGAAGUACACCAGCUGCAGCCCAAAGUUCCAACCGGCGUGAGCCAGCCACAGCCUGAAGUGGGUCUAGAAAUGGGCGAGGUGCAACCCGAGGAGAGCUCCGGAGUAGUCCAACAUCAGACUGAAGUGGAACCCGAAUUUAACCAGCCACAGCUUGAAGCGGGUCCCGAAGUGGGCGAGGUGCAGCCCGAAGAAGGCUCCAGGGUGGACGCCCCGGAAUCUGAAGUAGGUCCCGAAUUGGACCGGCCACAGCCUGAUGUUGGUGCUGGAGUAGACCAGAAGCAACCUGAGGUAGAAGCCGGAGUGAGCCGGCCACAGCCUGCAGUCGGUCCCGAAGUGGACGAGGUCCAGCCUGAAGAGGGUUCCGGAGUGGACCAGCCGCAGCCUGAAGUGGGUCUCGAAGUGGACGAAACAAAGUCCGGGUUGGGCUCCGCACCAGGUCAGCCGCAUCCUGACGUGGGCUCAGCAGCAGACGAGCCCCUGUUUGAAGGAGGUCCUGAAGUAGACCAGUCACACCCCGGAGUGGUUCCCGGAGUGGGCCAGAGGCAGCCUGAAGUGGAAGCCGGAGAGGGCCAGAGGCAGCCUGAAGUGGAAGCUGGAGCGGGCCAGAGGCAGCCUGAAGUGGAAGCCGGAGUGGGCCAGAGGCAGCCUGAAGUGGAAGCCGGAGUGGGCCAGAGGCAGCCUGAAGUAGAAGCCGGAGCGGGCCAGAGGCAGCCUGAAGUGGAAGCCGGAGUGGGCCUGAGGCAGCCUGAAGUGGUUCCCGAAGAGGAUCAGAGGCAGCCUGAAGUGGAAGCCGGAGCGGGCCAGAGGCAGCCUGAAGUGGUUCCCGAAGAGGAUCAGAGGCAGCCUGAAGUGCAAGCCGGAGUGGGCCAGAGGCAGCCUGAAGUGGUGCCCGAAGAGGAUCAGAGACAGCCUGAAGUGGAAGCCGGAGCGGGCCUGAGGCAGCCUGAAGUGGUGCCCGAAGAGGAUCAGAGGCAGCCUGAAGUGGAAGCCGGAGUGGGCCUGAGACAGCCUGAAGUGGUUCCCGAAGAGGAUCAGAGGCAGCCUGAAAUGGAAGCCGGAGCGGGCCAGAGGCAGCCUGAAGUGGUUCCCGAAGAGGGCCAGAGGCAGCCCGAAGUGGAAGCCGGAGCGGGCCAGAGGCAGCCUGAAGUGGUUCCCGAAGAGGGCCAGAGGCAGCCCGAAGUGGAAGCCGGAGCGGGCCAGAGGCAGCCUGAAGUGGUUCCCGAAGAGGGCCAGAGGCAGCCCGAAGUGGAAGCAGGAGCGGGCCAGAGGCAGCCUGAAGUGGUUCCCGAAGAUGGCCAGAGGCAGCCCGAAGUGGAAGCCGGAGUGGGCCAGAGGCAGCCUGAAGUGGUUCCCGAAGAGGGCCAGAGGCAGCCCGAAGUGGAAGCCGGAGUGGGCCAGAGGCAGCCUGAAGUAGAACCCGGAGUUGAUCAACUUGAGCUUGCGGUCGAGCACGGAGCGGACAACCCGCAGGUCAAUGUGGGUCCCGAAUUGGCUCACGCGGAGCAGGUGGUGUCGCCUGGAGUCAAUCCGCCAGAGGUCACGGCUGAGAGCUUCCAAGCGAACCCCGUGUCUGGUGUGACUCAACAGGAGAGUACGGACCUCGACCGAGAGGUGGGCUUCGCCGAGACGCUCAUCUCCGGAGAGGUCGAGGACUGCGCCAACUCUGAGUGCGACAUGGGCAAGAUUAUUGCCGACGCCGUCCUCUGGAAGUUUGGAAGCAGCGUGGAUGGUGCAUUUGUUGGAAGCAACAUCUUCAGCGGUAUUUGGGAAGGUCACAUCAGUGAUGCUGACAUUGCUGCUAUAAUCAAGAACGAUCCCAGGAUAUCUUUGGGGAUCAUCAGAGGAGAUAUGUUUGAAAGGCUUCUAGCGGACCUCGGAGAGAUACCCGUGUUCUUCCAUAUUUCAGGACUGAGGGUGACGUCAAACGGGGCAACGGGAACGCGGACGAUUUCCGUUCUCUGCAAAGACUGUCAAACCGUGGCCUACACCGACAUCCACCCCCAAACGGUCUUUGUACUAGCUUUUGUCACCAGCGACGACAACCUGCCUAAGGCCUUGGAACCCAUCCGGCACACGGAACUGUCGCUGAAGGACGACGUUUUGAUCCCGUACAUCAAAGAUUCCGGCAUCAUCCGAGCGCCCCAGGAUCAGCGCAUCGUAUUCGAGGCCGAAGAGACCGACUUACCCGAUACGGACGGUCAGCAUACUGAUGACCAGCGACCAGCUGGUGAACGCCCGGUUAACCUGCAACCGGCGGAGGGCCAUCCUGGAGACAGUCCCCAAGGGACCCACGAGCCUGAGGUGACGCAGCAGGAGAGCACCGACCCAGAUCGGAUCGUGGGCAUCGCUGCGACCCCCAUCUCCGGAGAGGUCGAGGACUGCGCCAGCUCCGAGUGCGACAUGGGCAAGAUUAUCGCGCACGCCCUCCGCUGGAAGCUGGGAAGCAGCGUAGACGGCGCGCUAGUCAGCAGCGACGUCUUCAGCGGUGUUUGGGAAGGUCAAAUCCGGGAAUCCGACGUUGCCGCCGUAACCAAGAACAACCCCAAAAUAUCCUUAGGCAUGAUCAGGGGAGACAGAUUUGAAACGCUGCUAACGGAACUUCAGCGGAGCCCUUUGUUUUUCCACAUGUCAGGACUGCGGCUGACGUUAGACAAGACGUCAUCAGUUAAGGUUUCCAUACUCUGUGAAGACUGCCGGCCGGUGACCUACUACGACAUCAACCCCCAAACUGUCUCCGUGCUAGCCUUCGCCACCAGCGACGACCUCCUGCCCGAUGUCUUUGAAACUAUCCAGCACACAGAUCUGUCGCUGGAGGACGACGUCUUGCUCCCGUACAUCGAGACUGUCAGCAUCCUGCGCGCACCUCAGGACGAGCGGAUCGUGUCCCAGGCUUCCGAGCCCGACUCGCCGGGUGUGAGCAGCCAGCACACCGACGAGCAGGGGCCAGCUGACGGGUCCCCGGCGAGCCAGCAGCCCCCCGCGGGAAGUCAGCCCUGGGAAAGUGCACAGGCGAACCCGGCUCCUGAGGAGCCUCAACAGGGGAACGCGGACCCCGACCGGGUGGCGGGCACUGCAGACCAGCCGCCGGAGGCCGCACGACCCGAGGGCACUGUCCAGCUGGACGCAGAGACACUGGCUCUGUUGAAGGAUCAAUACCUGUCAGCGGAGACUCAGGAGCGUCCCGAUGAUCCAGAGGUGCCUGUAGAGCCGCAGCAAUCCGACCUGGAGAAGCUGACCCUGCUGCAGCAGCAGUACCAGUCGACGACUCAGCAGGGACAGCACGGAAACGUAGAAGGCCCCACGGAAUCUCAGCAGUCAGGUCUGGAGAAGCUGGCCCUGCUGCAGCAGCAGUACCAGUCGACGGCUCAGCAGGGACAGCACGGAGACGUAGAAGACCCCACGGAAUCUCAGCAAUCAGGUCUGGAGAAGCUGGCCCUGCUGCAGCAGCAGUACCAGUCGACGGCUCAGCAGGGACAGCAGGAAAACGUAGACGCCCCCACGGAAUCUCAGCAGUCGGGUCUGGAGAAGUUGGCCCUGCUGCAGCAGCAGUACCAGUCGGCGGCUCAGCAGGGACAGCAGGAAAGCGUAGACGCCCCCACGGAAUCUCAGCAGUCGGGUCUGGAGAAGUUGGCACUGCUGCAGCAGCAGUACCAAUCGACGGCUCAGCAGGGACAGCACGGAAACGUGGACACUCCCACGGAGUCUCAGCAGUCGGGUCUGGAGAAGCUGGCUCUGCUGAAAGACGAAUACGAGACUGCAGGCGUUCAGACGCCGCCUGCUGAUGGAGGUCCAUCAGAGUCGGAAGUCCAGAUGGACGUACUGAAACUAGCACUGCUUCACGCGCAAUACAACCCGCCAGCCCACCCAGCGGGCUCCGGGCCAUUGGUGACAGGAAGUAACACCGCUUCGUCACAGCAGUUAACACCGCAAACCAAUGUUCAUACUCCCAGUGCGCAAACCGCUGCACAAAAUCCAGGCGCACAAACCGGUGCACAUAAUCCCAGUGUGUCUGAGCCCGGCACUGAAGCGAGCUCUCAACCCCAACUUCCUGGUCCCGUAGGUGGCCAUGACGGUAUUUCCAUAAAGGGAGGCGAACAUAUUUCCGGUGAAAACCAGUUCCAAUCUGCGACAGCUGGCGAACCUAGCCCGGCAGCUUUCCAAUCCGAAGGCCCGAGGCCCUCGACUCCUCACCACCUACCUGUCCCCUCCAUCACACGCCGUCCCCUCGUGCACUACAGCAGGCCGCCGCAGGCCGCUGAGCCCGCCUGGGUCCCACCCACGACGUACGAUAUAGUCGUGGGGAGCGCUGAGAGUCCCGCCUCGGUGCAGGCGCAACAAGAGGCGCUCGCCGCGUACCAGCAGGCUGUGGCCGAGGCCGUCCAGCAGGCAGUCGCGGGCCAGCCGACGACCGGGGAGUAUACGCAGGAGCAGCUUGACACGCUGCUGGCGCUACAGCAGCAGCUGCAGCUCCAGGAGUCGGCGCAGACGGCCUCACAGACAGGUGUGGAGACCUCAGAUGCCGACACGGGAGUCUACGGCUCACUGUCCAGCUGGCACGAGCUGACACUUCAGAAGCUCGCAGCGCUGGGCAAGCUGCACGGCAAGCUGACCACCGUGCCCACGCCGAAGCCGCCGGAGACGCUGGCGCUCAUCAGCAUCCCCCUGGCGCUGGUCAUGGCCAGCAUCGCCGCCGGCGCGUUUGUGUGACCCGUGACAUUUGUGUGAUGGCGUCACGCGGCGGCCACGCCACGGUGCACUCAGUGAUACUGGACGGGCUGGGCGGCGGCGGGCCGAGCGGCGUGGCGGUGCAGCGUCGCAACACAUCAGCUCUUCAAAGACAGGGAUUCACUGCUAGCGUUGCAAGCAGCAGUUUUUCAGCUGUGUUUUUGUCUGCAUAUUCGCAUUCUGAGGCAGUCACGCAGAGCGGUGCGACGUCGAGGCACUGUUGGAGUGAAUGUGGGUGCGUCUGUCUUCAUGUGUGUGUGGUUGUGUGUGGCUGGGUAUUUAUUGUAUGCAUAUUAAGUAGUAUGAAACCGAAUACAUGUUUAUUUAUUGUGCGAUCGAGAAGGAUUCCGGCAUCGAUAAGGCAUCCGGCAUCCAAAGACGAAACACGCCUUGGCUCACCAAAUAAUGCGAAUACUUUGCCAGGGAUCCACACCCAAACUGCCACAAAGGCGGCAGAUCACGGCAGGUCUUUGCGAUGCAUACUGCAGGAGAAAAUAUUAGCGGUUUCCAAAUAGAGCAUACAGAAUUA